CAACGACAGGAGAAGAUCUGGCAGAGCGAUCCCCGUUUCCUUCCCCCCAAGACAGGAAAAAAGAUAGACUCGUGAGAGAUCAGAGGGGCGAAGGUUCGCGAAAACAAACAGGGCCCCACUCCCGAAGGCAAGACCUCUGCCACGGCGCCAUAAACGAACGCCAGCAGCCCCCGUGAGGCGAGGCGAGCGUCGGCGGCCGCAGGAUGGGCGUGGCGGAGAGCGUGCGGGUGGCGGCUGCGGCUGCGGGCGUGUUCGUCACCCUCGCCGUCGUGCUGAUCACGGUGGCGGUGGUGAACAGCUGUGCCGCGCCCACCGCCGAGGAGGACCCCGGCGCCAGCGAGCUCCUGUCGCACCUCUCGCUGCUCUACAAGGGCACCUACGUCAUCUACGGCAACGGGCGCCGGAGCGAGCGAGACCUCCCCGUGUGCGCCUUCCCGGGAGAGGCCUGCAACCUCGCCCACAAGAGGUUCUGGCUCACGCCCAUCACCGAGCGCCUGUGCCGCUGCCCCGACCGCUCCGAGUGCCCGCUGCACUUCAACGGCCUCAACGACACGCACUCCCAGCACGUCUCGAACAGGGCGCAGCUCAAGUUCUGCGGCAACGUGAUGGAGGAGCUCUCGGACUGCAAGGCGGGGGAGCUGGCCCUCAAGGUGCGCCAGGUGGAGCGGCACGACCAGCCCUUCCCGUCCACCAGCAGCGUGAACCAGGGCGCCGACGUCCACUCCGAGCUGCAGUGCCGAUGCCCGUGGCCGCACCGCUGGACGCUGGCCGAGACCCGCAUCCCGGCGCCCUCGGAGACCAUCUUCAUGUACACGUGCGAUGAGCUCCCCAAAUGCAAAGCGGGCGACGAGUGCGGCCGCAUCCGAGCCGACACCCUGGAGAGCUAUUACUCCUGCUCGUGCCCCGAGAACCACCUGUGCUUGUUCCGCGACCCCCAGUCCACCCACUCCACCAGGCAGCUCCAUUUCCAAGGGAAGGCCUACAAAGCCACGUGCACGCCGAAUUUGGGCCACGUGGAGCGAGGGCGUAUGGGAUAACCUCCCUCUCCUUCCCCUUCUCCUCUCCUUCCCCUUCUCCCUCUCCCUCCCCUUCUCCCUCUCCCACCUUCCUCUUCCCCCUCCCCACCGCCCCUUGGCACGUCGAGGGCGUGUUAACUUCUUCCCACAUUUCUCUCCUAAUUUUUUCGUUCCUUUUUUAAGGGUUAAAAGGGGGGAGGGGGAAGGAGGGGUGGGAAGGAGGUAAAGUAUCCUUAUAGAGGUUUAUUUGUCUAGGACUCUCCUUAUGUCCCGCUAUACGUAUCAAGAUCUCAUCAUCUCAUAUCCAGCCUCCCGUUCUCAUUCUCUAUGUUAAUGUUAAGUGGUUUAGGAAAUCUAUAAUUGUCACCAGUUCAUUAGUGUCUAUCCAUACUGUGUUCUCAACCAUGUACAUUUCUUGAAUAUUUAUACAACAAAUUAAAGGUCUUAUUGCAAU